UUCAUCAUCUUCAUAAUAAUUUAUUUUGCCCUUUUAGCUUAGUCCCCCUAAUACAAAUGGGGAACUGUUGUUCAAGGGGCCAACCUAAUGAUGAUGAUCAUAUUAUGAGUAAAGAAAAAUCCAAUGAUGAUCAAUCAAAAAGUUGUAAUAAUUCAAUUACACCAACAAAAUCUCCUGACCCUUCUUCAAAACUAUCUAAAAAAUCCCCUAUAGGUCUAGUAUUAGGAAGACCAAUGGAAGAUGUUAGAAAAACAUAUUCCAUAGGUAAAGAAUUAGGAAGGGGUCAAUUUGGUGUUACACAUUUAUGUACACACAAACAAAAUGGUGAACAAUUUGCAUGUAAAACAAUAGCAAAAAGGAAAUUGGUUAAUAAAGAAGAUAUUGAAGAUGUUAAAAGAGAAGUACAAAUAAUGCAUCAUUUAACAGGUCAACAAAAUAUUGUUGAACUUAAAGGUGCUUAUGAAGACAAACAUUCAGUACAUUUGGUUAUGGAAUUAUGUGCUGGUGGUGAACUUUUUGAUAGGAUUAUUACUAAAGGACAUUAUACUGAACGUGCUGCUGCUACUUUGCUUAGAACUAUUGUUCAAAUUGUACAUACUUGUCAUUCUAUGGGUGUUAUUCAUAGAGAUCUCAAGCCUGAGAAUUUUCUCCUUCUUAAUAAAGAUGAGGAUUCACCUCUCAAGGCUACCGAUUUUGGUCUUUCCGUCUUUUAUAAACAAGGAGAUGUGUUUAAGGACAUAGUGGGUAGUGCAUAUUACAUUGCACCUGAAGUAUUGAAGAGAAGAUAUGGUCCAGAAGUUGAUAUAUGGAGUGUUGGGGUUAUGUUAUAUAUUCUUCUUUCUGGUGUUCCUCCUUUUUGGGCAGAAACUGAACAUGGAAUAUUCAAUGCAAUUUUGCGUGGACAUAUUGAUUUUUCAAGUGAUCCAUGGCCUGCAAUUUCACAUGGUGCCAAAGAUAUUGUUAGGAAGAUGUUGACUUCAGAUCCCAAACAGAGGUUGACAGCAAUCCAAGUGUUAAAUCAUCCAUGGAUCAAGGAGGAUGGAGAUGCACCAGAUACACCACUUGACAAUGCUGUUUUGAGUAGACUCAAACAAUUUAGAGCUAUGAACAAUUUCAAGAAAGUUGCUCUCCGGGUUAUUGCAGGGUGUUUAUCAGAGGAAGAAAUAAUGGGAUUAAAGCAAAUGUUCAAAAGUAUGGAUGCUGAUAAUAGUGGAGCAAUAACACUUGAGGAGCUAAAACAAGGACUUGCCAAACAAGGAACUAAAUUAUCUGAUUAUGAAAUUCAACAAUUAAUGGAAGCUGCUGAUGCUGAUGGAAAUGGAACCAUAGAUUAUGAAGAAUUUAUUACAGCAACAAUGCACAUGAACAGAAUGGACAAAGAAGAACAUCUUUACACAGCAUUUCAAUAUUUUGACAAGGAUAAUAGUGGGUACAUUACAGUAGAAGAGUUAGAGCAAGCUUUAAGAGAAUUUGGUAUGGAUGAUGGAAAGGACAUAAAAGAUAUUGUUGCUGAAGUUGACUCAAAUAAUGAUGGUCGAAUUAAUUAUGAUGAAUUUGCAGCUAUGAUGAGAAAAGGAAGUCCAGAAACAACAGCAAAUUUAAAGAAAAGAAGGGAGUCAUUUGUUGUAUAA